CAGCAGACACAGGAGAACGGGCGGCAGAGCUGGAGCUCUCAGCACUCUCCCUCCCUCUCAUCUUUCUACUCUUUUCUUUUCAUUCGCUUCAUUAACUGAAGUUUCUUUGAAGAUAUAUAGUGGCGAGUUCUGAUGAAUUGUGUUUGCGGAAGACCCUUCAGAGUUGGGAAAGGUGUGGUGGAUAGCAGAGGCUGCAGUUCAGGGACACAUGCUGCCAGCAGAGGACCUUCAGAGUCAAGAAUUCUAUCCGAACUUUUCCUUGUUAUUACAUUCAGCUCUUCCUCUCUUCCUACUGACCAUGCUGCACCCAGCACCCUGCAGUCUGGAUCCCCCGGGGGAGAGGGUCUGGAAGGAGACUGCAGAUGUGGACAUUGUUAAAACUUUAAGGUGAAGACCUCCCAAAGCUUGUCCUGCACAUCUAGGUGGUGGUGCUGAAGGACAGCGCCAACGGUUCGGCCAUCGCAAUGAACUUUUCGCGGGAUUCCUUUAUCCUUAAUGUUGGGGGUGCCAGGUAUUAUUUCUCUGAGGAUGUCAUUAAGGAUUUCCCCCUGCGCAGGGUGAGCAGGCUGCACAGCUGUUCCUCAGAGAAGGAUGUCCUGGAGGUGUGUGAUGAUUACGACCAGGAGAGGAAUGAGUAUUUCUUUGACAGGCACUCUGAGGCUUUUGGUUUCAUCAUGAUGUAUGUCAAGUAUGGCAAGCUGAGGUUCAUGCCCCAGAUGUGUGAGUUAUCCUUCUACAAUGAGAUGAUAUACUGGGGGUUGGAGUGCUCCCAGCUGGAAUACUGCUGCCAGAGGAGGCUGGAUGACCGCAUGUCAGACACCUAUACCUACCUGUCUGAUGAGAGCAAGCCUGAUGAGAGCACCAUCAAGGAGGAUCUGCCUGCCCCUGGGGAGAAGAAGUGGCUGGAGCGCAUGAGGAUGACCUUUGAGGAGCCCACCUCAUCCCUGGCAGCUCAGAUUCUGGCAGUGGUGUCCAUCCUCUUUGUCAUUGUCUCCAUGGUGCUCCUGUGUGCCAGCACCCUGCCAGACUGGAAGACAGCAGAGAAUAGGAGCGUGGAGGAGCAAAGGUACACAGCAAGUCUAUGGGAACCUUCGGGGAUAAUUGAAGCAAUCUGCAUUGGCUGGUUCACUGCAGAGUGCAUCGUGAGGUUCAUUGUUUCCAAGAAUAAGUGUGACUUUGUGAAAAGGCCCUUAAACAUCAUUGACUUGCUGGCCAUCUCUCCUUAUUACAUCUCCAUUUUCAUGACCAUUGUCACAGGGGAGAACCCACAGCUGCAGAGAGCCGGGGUGACCCUAAGGGUCCUGAGGAUGAUGCGAAUAUUUUGGGUCAUAAAACUCGCAAGACACUUUAUUGGCCUACAGACUCUGGGCCUCACCCUGAAACGUUGCUACAGAGAGAUGGUCAUGCUACUGGUCUUUAUUUGUGUGGCUAUGGCAAUUUUCGGUGCACUGUCUCAGCUCCUCGAGCACGGGCUGGACCUUGAGAUGAAAAAUGAGGAUUACUCAAGCAUACCGGCGGCCUGCUGGUGGGUAAUUAUUUCCAUGACCACCGUAGGCUAUGGUGACAUGUACCCUAUAUCAGUUCCUGGCAGAAUACUUGGAGGGAUAUGCGUGGUCAGUGGGAUUGUCCUGCUGGCAUUGCCUAUAACAUUCAUAUACCACAGCUUUGUACAGUGUUACCAUGAACUCAAGUUUAAAUCUGCCAGGUAUGGCAGGACAUUAUCAAACGAGUUCUUAAACUAAUACUUGCAAAAGUUUUGCUAGAUAUUUAUUUUGUUACUGUCAGCCAAUGCUACUUGUUAUUGCAGUACCAUUCAGAAAGCUCUAGGCCUAGCCGCUUUUCUGCCCAAGGUACCAAACAAGAUAGCGUCUUUUCAUCUCUUAUACAUCUUUAUGUUUUUCUUGUAUACUCUAUAAAUAUUGUCACUUUAACCAUUGUUCAAUCUAUCAAUAACUAAAAUACAUGUGGCAAGAAGGAUUUGCAUUUUAUUUUAAUUCCCCAGAUUUUAUUGUCAUCCAAUCUUACUGAGGUAGCUGCCUCAUUAUAGGCCUUACACUACCCACAGGGUCGCUGCAGGAAAGCAAUUAAAACCAGGAACUUUUUAAAAUGGAUCUGUCACCUCCAGAUAAAAAAACACAUUCUGAUGUAUCUGGUUCACUGUGCAUUGAGAAAACACAGACAUUUUUUCUAAGCAAUUCUCAUUUCUCUCUCCCAAGUGGUCACCAUCAUACAAUACGAGAAUACCUACUGAUUCUACUUACUCUGCCUUUUGCAUAGAACGUCUAGAACACCUCUGGCAUUAAAAAGUAUAUCCACCUAUAAACAAUAUUGACUGUCAGGGAGGCCAUUGUUGAAGCUAUAUGUCUUGAUUGUGCAAUGUUGUGCCCUAGCUUCAUCAGUUUCAGCUGCAAAGAACUGUGGGGGUCAUUCAAACCUGAUCGCAUGGUAGGACUAUCAGGUCAGAACUACGCAUGCGUAUGCACCGCAAUGCGCAGGCGCGUCGUACGGCUACAAAGCGGAUCGUUGCUUGGUGAUGGAUUGUAUGAAGAAUCCAUUCGCACAGCCAAUCGCAAGGAGAUUGACAGGAAGAAGGUGUUUCUGGGUGUCAAAUUACCGUUUUCUGGGAGUGGUAGGAAAAACGCAGGCAUGUCCAAGCGUUUGCAGGGCGGGUGUCUGAUGUCAAUUCCGGUCCCGGACAGGCUGAAGUGAUCGCAGCGGCUGAGUAAGUCCUGGGCUACUCAGAAACUGCACAAAACUUUUUUGACCCCUAGCGAGCAAUCAGGUCUGAAUGACCCCCUAAGAAUUUAGGUUGUGAUGCAUUGAAUUGAACACACCAUGUAAUCCAAAUUACAUUCUGUUAACAGAAAGGGUGGCCUCACUCUAUCGUGUUUUUUUUUAUUUUAAAUACUAUACAGUAGUAGUUAUUUUAAAGAGGGUCUCCAAGUGUUUCAAAAGAGGAACACUUGGUGAAAAAAAUUGAUAGGUUCUAACAUACAGUACUUAUUAAUAGGAAAAGAAAGCUUUUUCAUCUAAAGGGGCAUUCAAUUAGCUGUGAUAACCUGUUUUUGCAUUAAAAAUGGGCUUAUAUAGCGACUUGUGAAAAUGCGACUAUUUAAUUGUAAGCAAAAAAUUAUACAUGAUAAUUCUCCCUAGAUUUAAUGGGGAUUUCUUUUCACCAACUCCUGAAAAGUUAUUGAAAUUCCCUAUUUUAAAUUAAAAAUGUGGGCACUUGGGUGGUCAUUCCGAGUUGUUCGCUCGCUAGCUGCUUUUAGCAGCAUUGCAAAUGCUAGGCCGCCGCCCUCUGGGAGAGUAUCUUAGCUUAGCAGAAUAGCGAACGAAAGAGUAGCAGAAUUGCUACAAAAAAAUGUCGUGCAGUUUCUGAGUAGCUCCAGACCUACUCCUAGAUUGCGAUCACCUCAGUCCGUUUAGUUCCUGGUUUGAUGUCACAAACACGCCCUGCGUUCGGCCAGCCACUCCCCCGUUUCUCCAGCCACUCCUGCGUUUUUACCUGGCACGCCUGUGUUUUUUAGCACACUCCCGGGAAACAGUCAGUAACCUCCCAGAAACGCCCCUUUCCUGUCAAUCACUCACCGAUCAGCAGUGCAACUGAAAAGCGCCGCACAAACACCAGCAAAUCUACAAAGUUUUGUGUAAAAUAACUUAGCGCAUGCGCGCUGCGUACCAUGCGCAUUUACCACCCAAUCGCUGUGUUGCGAAAAACGGCAACGAGCGAACAACUCGGAAUGACCACCUUGGUUCAGAGCACCUUUGACACCCCACUUAAUGACUAAUUAGGCACUUUAAAUGUUUUAAUUAGCUCAGUAUGGUCAAUAACUAUGUCAUUUUUGGGGUGAAAAAAUGCAGAGUGCACAAAAAUGGGUUUAUAUAUGUGGGAUAGGUAUUUUGGGUUGGUGCAUGAGCGGGAAAGGUGUUUUAGGCUUGCAGGUGGGAGUUACAGGUGUUUUUAAAGAUUUUUUAAGAGUCCCCUAAAAUGACACAAAAACCUACUAAAUUGCAUUUUUAUGCACUCCUAAUUUAAUUAGAGCACUUUUGCUGAAAAACACUUGCUUUCUAUCAUUUUUUAACUGUUUUAGAAUAAUGCAUAUGACAGGCAUUUGACACAAUUUAAGAACCCCAAAUACUUUUAUUGUGGGCCCUAACAGACUUCUAUACUGUUAUCCAAUAUUAGUUUUUGGGGUACAGGCCAUUUGCACCCAGACUUUUUACUGGUUUUGCCGGCAAGAAUGAUCAGGAAAAUCCCGUUUUCAAACAUUUGUAAAUGGAUUGUAUGAAAAAUGGGAGUGUGCAUACAGGCAAUGAGCGGAAUUUCUAUAUCUAUAUAAUCUUCAUAGCUGGAUUGGGCAGUGUGUUGUGUAUACACACUGCCCGAUCCGUCAUGAUUGAUGUCACGGACUAGGCGGGCAUUUAUAUGCACCCGCCCAGUUCAGCUGUCAGUCACCGCCGGCUGCUGCAGCAUGUGUACGAGCUCCCCCGUACACACACAACUAUGUAUCAAUAUACAGUGUCUGUAGAUAUAUUGGUCAUCAUGUGUGCUGCAGGGUUGAUGCGAUAUGUCUGUGAACGACGGCGUUCACAGACAUAUCGCUGGUACACACUGGUCAACGGACCAGCGAUAUAUCGCCCGUUCAAUAGAUUGGCCGAUAUAUCGGCCAGUGUGUACCCAGCAUGAGCAGCCAAAUCUGCAUCUGUAUGGGCAACUUGAAAGUUUUCCAAAGAUAAAUCAUACUAAAUAUAUAAUCAUCACAACAAAUCAAUCAAGUAAGUUUAGUAUUUUUAUGAACAUAAACUGAAUUUGCAGUAUAAAAUAAGCAUCUCUAUUAACCACUUGCCUGGCAUGGUCGCAUCAGAUGCGACCAUGCCUGCAAGUGCUCUAUCUGACCUGGUCGCACAGGAUGCAACCAGUCAGAUAGAGAGUGUUAUCAGCGGCAGGGAAGAUAAACUUCCCUCCGCUGCUGCUGUCAGAGGGACCGGAAGGUCCCUCUGCCUCCCUGCACUCUCCCUCUGUGUCUGCCGUGCUGCCGAUCACUGCUGAUUGGUCAGCACGGCAGGAUCACCCCCCUCCAGCGGCUACAGACAAUGGCAGCCGCUGGGGAGUGUAAGUGAACCCUCCCAAGACACCCCCAGAACCCCCCCUGUAUACCUGCAGGCUGUCCCGCCUUUCAAAAUGAAAGCUGCGAUUGUCGCGAUGUUCCCGAUGUUCCGAUGGUUGUGUUGUUCCCAAUUGAUGUUUUGAUGUUUUUUGGGGGACAUUUACGGGAAAAAAAAAUUUUUCAUUUUUUUUUUUUACUAAAAUCUUUUGGGAUAGGGUUAAAUUCAUGUUCUUCACCUAAUUCACUCAUAAAAAAACCCCGACAAUUUCGGAGCGGUUUUUGGCAAAAUAAAUUUUCAGUUAAGUGGUUAAUGAUACAUACAGUUAAAUGUUUUAAAUAUCUGGUAAUCAAAUAAUAAAGGUUAACUGCACUACCAAAUGUAAUCACCAGGUGGUGUUUAAUGUGUUUCGUAUAGUGAUGUAUUGUUCAAUCAGAACUUUAAGACAGGAAAAAAUAGCUGUAUCAGUUGUGUUGUGCCUAAAAAGAAAACCAGAGAAACAUUACUAUUUCUAUACAUUGGUCUUUGGUAAUAAUGAAUAAAUAUUUUGGCAAAAGGGUGUCAUAAUCUCUGGCAUAUUUAUAAUGGGUGCAGUGGGGGCCCACACUGCACACCCUGGGUCUUCAGCAGCAGCGCUUUAGAAAUCACCAGGAAAAUGGCACAGCUGCCAUUUUCCCGGCAUUUCGUGCAUGUGCAUUAAGAAAAUCACAGGGAUAAUGGCUGCCGUGCGAUUUUCCCAGAGACCUGAGCAUGCGCACCAUACUCGGGGACACCGCUCAGGUCCCCUAGUGACCCUAGUGCCCAGAGUUUAAAGCGCUGCCGGAUGGAGAGUAGGGGGCCCAUAUGGAGUCUGCACUCUGCACACAGGCCUCCUGAAGUGCUCCUGGUCAUAAUGUGUCUAUUUUCCUUGUUUAAUACAAUUUAAAUUCCAGAAGAAUCAUAUUGGUUUUGGAAGCAAAAAGUAAAUAAGGGUGGUGUUUAUUUAGAUUAGCUCCACAACAGAAUUCCACCCAAAAUAAUAGAGUUUUUAUUUGCUUUUUUGUAAGUGUAGCCUUUAAGGCAGAGGUUCUCAAACUCGGACCUCGGGGGAUGUUUUGCAGGUCUCCUCACAGAAUCGCAAGUGAAAUAAUUAGCUCCACCUGUGGACCUUUUAAAAUGUGUCAGUGAGUAAUUAAUACACCUGUGCACCUGCUGGGUUACCUGCAAAACAUGCACUGUGUGUGCCCCCGAGGACCGAGUUUGAGAACCUCUGCUUUAAGGCAUGGUAUAUUAUAUUACAUGUGUGCAAGUGUGCUUUUUAUUUAUUUACAUACAAAAUUGAUGGCUCAAUGUUAAAGAACUACUUUUGGGGUGUUUGCAUAUUAUGAAUAGUUAAUGUAAUCUGCAUUAAAAUUAAAUUGUUUGGUCCACAUACAAUAAGUAAUUUCACAAUCAAUAUUAGAGCUAUAGUAGCUUAAAGGAAUAUUACCCCCAUGUUACUGUGUGACUGUCUAGAAUACAUCUGUUGCUGCUACCGGGAUCUGUCCCUUUCUGGUAUAACUGUAUUUAAAGGGACACUAACGUCAGCAUUUUCUCCUUACGGGUGAUGUGUGCAGGAAAAAAGAGGUGCUGUUCGGUCUGAUUUACUGUUCUGUUGUUUCGAAUGAUACGUCUUUAGGAUACAAUGAAUUUGUUUACAUGUAGCAGACAAUCAUUGGUACUUGAAUGUCCCUUUUCAUUCAUUUUUCUGUCUUGCGGCCCCUACCAACUUUCUCCCCUAUAAACAAUUGUCCUAUUAGACAGUAAAGCACGUCUAUUUACAGAACGAAUAGAGAGUGUGUCAGAGAGAGGUGGUAGGGCAAUCAUUAGGAGACAAUAUGAAGAAAAAUAAGGGUGCUUCAAACUGACCGUAACUGCGGCUUGUAACAGUUAGUGUCACAGAAUGUAUUAAAAGCCGUUCUAGACACAUUUUAUAUCAUUGUAUUUAAAACUUCAUUAGAUAUAUCAUAUGAGAGAACUUUAUAACGUGUUUUAUAUACCCUGGCGCGGACUUCAUACAAUGCAGACAUACAUUUUAUGGGAUUACCCAAUAAAGGUUGGGACCUAUCACUUCUGUAGUAACCACUGACCUCAGUAAGGACACUGGUCCACUAUACAAAAUGGCUUCCUCUACUGAGUGCUCAGUUAUAGAAUGUCUUCCUAUAAAAUUUACAGACCACAUUCUCCAUAGUUACCAACAAUCCCUAAUAUUUUUUGGCAUAUUACAAUGGGUUUGAUUAAGUUAUUGUAAAGAUUACUUUUAUCCUAAUGAGUCUUCUGAAAUAACUUAUUUUUUACCCCUUACCAAUCCUCCUGGGGAGGGGACGAAGUGCACCAUGCCACAUAUGAUAAAACUAUGUGUGUCCACUGCAGUCAAACCAUUGUAACUGUGUCGUCAGUAUAAGAUUAAAUAUAAUGUUUUACCAUAAUGUUUAAACUUAUACAGCCAACACAGUUACAAUGCUUUAACUAAACACCUUUAUUAAAGACACAGUACCUUGACGCUGGGAAUCCUCCCUUCUAGUAGAAAUCAGUAGCAGUGUGCCAGCCAAGUCCUCCAUGUGACUAUCGAUGGGAGAAGUUCUUUAUCUAAAAGGUGUUUUCAACUCAAUUCAAUUGCACUCUAUGAGGUUGUACAUACCCUACUAUAAUUUUUAUGACAUUCAUUGGUUUCUGAGUUUUUCACUAAAGCCUUUAUAGCUAGUUGUUUAUUUCUAUUGCUCUUGGAUACAGCACAUCUCAACUCUGAACAAUGGAUGCAAUUGUAUACACAGAGCAUUCUUAUUUCCUAUCCAAGGGCAGGAAAAAAUAGCAAGUAUUUUCUGAAAAGCACAGAACAUAGUCAAAUAUGUAUUGUAAAGGUUGCAGUAGUGCAUGUAUAGCGCAAUAAAUCUGUAAAAGAUUACUUUGCGUAAUAAUUUCUAUUGUGUUCUCAAAUUAUAAAUGCAUUUUUUUUUUUAAUUGAGUUAUGUCAAGCCCUGCUCAUUACAUUGGUCUAUUCAGAUUUUAGUUUAUGCAAAGUGCAAAAAGAUAUUUGCCUUAGACUACAAGUAUUCAAGCGAAUCUCUGCUUAAGCUUCCUAUAUCAUGUGAUACCAGAGCCGGCCCUAGCCAAUAUGAUGCCCUAGGCAAGAUUUUGGCUGGUGCCCCCUAGCACCACCGAUGGUUCCGCCUCUGACCUUGCACCUCUUUCCCAGCACCAUCAACCCAUAGCAGUAUUUAUUUUGGGGUUUGUACCCCCUAUAUUUUAAAUAGGAACAGUUCGCACAUUUGGCGCGCAGCCCAAAAAGGGGUGUGUUUUUGCUGGCAAGGGGCAUGGCCACACAAUAGUACCCCCAAUUCCAAUUAUGCUACACAGUACUGCAACUUUAUUCACAUUUGAUCAUGCAAUAGUGUCCAUAAUUCUUAUUAUAUCCCACAGUAGUAUCACUUUACCUUAUAAACGUUACUCCUCACAGUAGAGCUCCUUAUUUACAUUACAUCACACUGAAUUGCUCCUUAUUCACAUUACGCCACACCAUAUUGCUCUUUAUUCACAUUAAACGAGACAGUAGUGCCCUUUCUAUAUGCAACGCCACAUAGUAGAGCCCCUUAUACACAUAAUGCCACACAGUAAUGCCCCUUACACAUAUGAGACACAUUAUUAAUGUCCUUAAACACAUAAUGCACCUUACACAUUAUGUCAACCUUUAUUAAUGCCCUUUUACACGUAAUGUCCCUUACACAUAUGCUGCACAUUAUUAAUGCCCUAAUACACAUAAUGACACACAUAGUGCCCCCUACACAUUUGCUGCACAUUAUUAGUGCCCCUAUACACAUAAUGACACACAUACAGUAGUACCCUGUUACACAUAUGCCGCACAUUAUUAAUGCCCUUAUACAUAUAAUGACACACAUAGUGCCCCUUACUCAUAUGUUGCACAUUAUUAAUGUAUUUUUACAUGACACACAUAAUGCUCCUUACACAUAUUCUGAACACUACUGCACAACCAACCUACUCACAUGCACACAACACUCACACUGCCACUAACACUGUGACCUCUGCCUCUGCUUAAAUACAGAUGUGUCCUCAUAAAUCUUGCCUCAAUGCUAAUGUCGGGCACAUUUUUUUAUGAAAAUGCAUCUUAUUUGCAUUGCUAUGUGGCUAGGAUGAUUAAAAUGAUAUGCAGCAUGCCUAUAUACUGUGUGAGACUGUGGCUGUAUCUGCAUAUGAAAUGCUACACACAGAAUAUAGGCAUGCUGCAUAUCAUUUUAAUCAGCAGAAGCUGCUAAUGCCCCUAGGCAUACCAGAUGCCCUAGGCAAUUGCCUAGUUUGCCUAUGCCUAUGGCCGGCUCUGUGUGAUACCACAAAAUGCUAAAAUAAAAACAAUAAAGUCCAUUGUUCGGAUUGAAGAACUAGACACUUGAAAUGUGUAUUUUUGACUGUUUAACACGUCUUUAUGUCUGUUUUAACACUUUAUGACACAGAACAAGUUUUUGUUAUUUGAUACUGGUUCUGAAAUGUCCUUAAAAUUAUAUUGCUGUUUAGAGGUAAAAGUUG